AUGGAGGAUGUCAAACAUGCCAAAACUCCCAUGAGUUCCUCGGUAAAACUAGACAAAGACGAGAAAGGAAAAGAUGUUGAUAUCAAAAAAUAUAGAGGCAUGAUUGGUAGUCUUCUAUAUUUGACUACAAGUAGACCAAACAUAAUGUUUAGUGUAUGCUUAUGUGCUCGAUUCCAAUCUUGUCCUAAAGAAUCACAUCUAUAUGCUGUUAAAAGAAUAUUUCGUUACUUAUGUGGAACUAUUAAUCUGGGUUUAUGGUUUCCUAGUCAUACUACGUUUGAUCUUACAAGUUAUUCGGAUGCCGACUUUGCUGGAUGCAAAAUUGACAGAAAAAGUACCAGUGACACUUGCCAGAUCCUUGGUCAUUCACUUGUUUCAUGGUCAUGUAAGAAACAGAACUCCGUUGCUCUAUCCACAGUAGAGGCCGAGUAUCUUGCCGCAGGGAGCAGUUGUGCUCAAGCUCUUUACAUCAAAUGGCAACUUGAAGACUAUGGUAUUUUCUUUGACCAUAUUCCAAUUAUGUGUGAUAAUACUAGUGCAAUUUGUAUUUCCAAAAAUCCAAUUCAGCAUUCUUGA